AUGAUGGCACUUUACUCAAGGAAAAGGAGCAUGAAUGCUGUUGAAGUGCUGAGCUGGAGAGGCAGAGGUGUCACGGAUGCCGGGACGCUAACUAGACUCAAUAUAAAGGUCCUAAGAAGCAUCAUUUUACAGCAGAAUCGGGAUUUCUACUACGUUGGGAACGAGACAUCAAAAUCCACAAUAAUAUAUGGAAAUAAUAAAAUCUAUCUAGACAAUUACCUGAAGUGCUCCAGCUGUGUACAUUCUAGGCCUCAUGCUCUCUACCAAUUGCCUGAACGAUCUAAAUUGACUAAGUUUGAAGAUACCUUGCUGUGUCAGAGCCCACUUGAAACCACUUUAGCGUCUCCUUCUGAUCACAAGCCAAGCCUUUUGGUUUUGACAGCCAAUAAUUGGUUGUAUCGCUUAUUGGACUCAACAGGACAGGAACUGGACAGUGUUUUCCUCUCUUCAAAACACAAGUUCAAGUAUCUAUGCUGGGAUGUAUCUCAAGAGAUUUUUUAUGUGAAAUCUGUUCAAAGUAAAGAAACACCUCUAGGACGACAGGCUGGCAUUACACAGGACACAGUGAUCCAUCUGGCAAUAUUUCAUGUUUUCCCCUUACAAAUUGUGGGCGUGAUGGAAGUCAAAGAAAAGGUGUUCGGGAAAGGCCUUACUGAUGUUAUUUUAUCUCAAGGUGUCCUGGCUGUCUCCUAUAGAAAAUCAGUGAAGCUGUUUAGCAUUGAGCACAUUUUGCAAAAGUGCCUGGUGGAGAAAUUAACGCUUGGAAAGAAAAGUUCACUUCUCAGUGGCAAAAUAGUGGGAGAAGCUCCGUUUGGCAUCCCGGUAAAUAUCCAGAUUACAGAUUGCCCUCCCGUGCUCUUCGAAGUGUCCUGCUCCAAUAAUGGUGUACAGAUUGGAGGCUUUCCUUGGCACUACAUUUCCACUCCACUACAAAAAUGUCACCAAGGGACUCACCACAUCUCCUCACUCAAAGACAAAACUAUGGCCAUAAAUGGGAUACAGAAUAUGAAGUGUUACUCUCUGGAGAGUGAUUUUAUUUUCUUCCAUCCUGAUGAAUCAGGAAGAAUCAUUCAUGUGGGGCCCAGCACCAUUAACAUUGUAAAGAUUGUUGGUGAGUUGAACAGUGGAUUGCCAUCAACGGUAGUAAAAGAUUUCUCAAUAGAAACUCAUCGCAACAACAUUUGUACCUCGCAAGUAACAGUUACUUCUUCAGGCCGUACAGUGAAGAGAACUUCAGUCCAACAGCUCGAUGAUGAUCCCAAUCUAGCGACUUUCCGUACGGUAGUUUAUGAGGACGAGCUGGACCUUUUGGCUGUGGUGGUAACCGAUGGUGCGGAUGGAGAGGGAAGAGCUCAGGUCCAACUACAUGACAACCAGAGUGGACAGUUGCUGAAGACUGUUAAACUGUUGGAAGCAUGGGAUGAGACUAACCAACAUGACCUGGUUUUCGACAAGGACACAAUUGUUCAUAUUGUACAAAGGAAAACCAGAGUCUGCUGCUAUGUCUACAAGCUUAAUAUUGGCAAAUAA